GAAAUUCUUUUAAUAAAUUUACAUUUUUCCCGUUGUUUAGAUUUUUGUUCAAAGACAAACUUUUAUUUUAAAAAUCUAUUAAACUGUUUAACUGAAUAGGCAGGAUUAUAGUUCAUUAGCAGUUGACAUUAGUCUGUUGGCUGUAAAUGUUUGUAUUUGAUUGUUCCUUCUACUUUCUUGUUGGUUGUUUGGUUAUAUAUUUGUCUGAAUUUAACAAGGUUUCUAUGUCUGUUAGUUUAUGUUUAGUUUAUGUUCAAUGAUGUGUUUUCUCAAUUCCAAGUUGCAGUUACUUUAUGUGUGAUACUGUUGAGAUCUGCUUUUAGAGGAAUUCUUGUAAGAUUUUCAAAAAAUGUCUGCCUCUAAAAAGCCAUAUAGAAGUCAUCAACCUUCAAUCAAAUACAGGUGUAGCCCAGCUGAGGGGGCUUUCUUUGAGGUUGGUGAGCUUGUUCCUGAAGCAUGUGCCCCUUCUCUCCCUGAUAAAAAUAAGAAAAGCAGAAUAAAGUCUGAAGCAAAGCGACCUCAAAUACUGAGCACUGCUGAGCUAAUCACGUCUAUAAACCAGAUAUGGAACUGUGCGAGCCGUCUUGCUAUUCCUCGACAACAGGCAAAUCUGGAAAGAAACCAUUGUGUCUCUCAAAAAGAGGAUACAUUGGUCAAUCAGGGGAUGGAAGAAAACGGCAUGGGAUCUAUUUCAGCUGAUAGUAAUUACUUUUACAUUGAUUUGAAGACAGCUGGCCAACUGUCACCUCUUAUGAAGCCAAAUUUUGAUUUUAUCAAAAUUACGAAGAAGAUGUCCAUGUUUGGUUCAUCUAAUGGAAAUCGUAACCUUUCAUUUUACCAGGGGCUUUUGUGCUGUGGUACUGACUUGUCUAAUGAAACUUGGAAAGAAAAGGGCCUUGCGGCUGUUGGAUUUUCAUAUGAAUUUGGAAAUAUAUACAAAUGGAUGGGAGAGAUGAUUCCUGCAGGACUUCAGUCUUUUGUCAAUGUCCCUGAGGCUGAGAAUAAGAAAAUUGGUAAAAAUUGCAUUGCUGCAAGUAGUGAGGUAGGAAACUGCAUUUCAACUGAUAGAACUAGUCUGACAGAUAACUUGCCUGUUGAAAAUGCUGAACCGUAUUCUCAUUGUAUCAAAUCUAAAGAUUCAUCCUUAUCUCAUGAUGCCAAAUUAGUUUUGAAUACAAGAGGAACUACCUCUCUGUGCUCAGAUUAUUUCCUAACUGCUGUUCAAGAAACCAAGGCGGAUUGUAGUGUUUCGAGGAUACCGGAUUCUAAUCUCUGCGCAGAUUAUCAUAUCAACUUUUUAGCUUCAUGUAGUAGUACAUACAAAGAGCAGCAACAUCUUAGUGAUUGUAGUGAGUACCUUGAAAAUGAACAAAAACAACCUGAACUUUUUUCCACAGAGGAUGACUGUAGAAUGGAAAGUCAUUCAACAGCAAGCGAAAAUCCUCAAUAUGCUCUUGCUAAGCAAGAGCAUGCUUUUGCAGGGGCUUUUGCUGGAAUAUUUGUUAGCCUUUGCCUACAUCCAGUUGAUACAGUUAAGACGGUCAUUCAAUCUUGUCAUGCAGAGCAGAAGUCAAUCUAUUAUAUUGGAAGAUCAGUAAUUGCUGAAAGAGGUUUAACUGGAUUAUAUCGUGGUAUUGCUAGCAAUAUUGCAUCUUCAGCUCCAAUAUCUGCCCUUUAUACUUUCUCAUAUGAAUCAGUCAAAGGGGCUUUGCUUCCUCUUUUCCCUAAGGAGUAUCAUUCUUUAGCUCAUUGCAUGGCUGGUGGUUGUGCAAGCAUUGCUACUUCUUUUAUUUUUACCCCUAGUGAACGUAUAAAGCAGCAGAUGCAAGUUAGUGUGCACUACCAAAACUGCUGGAAUGCCUUGGUUGGAAUUAUAAAAAAGGGGGGUUUGCCUUCACUAUACACUGGGUGGGGGGCUGUACUAUGCAGGAAUGUUCCCCACUCAAUUAUCAAGUUCUACACAUAUGAAAGCUUGAAGCAAUUCAUGUUGACAUCACUGCAGUCCUCUGCUCAACUGAACACAUUACAGACACUAGUUUGUGGUGCGCUAGCUGGUUCAACUGCUGCUUUAUUCACUACUCCCUUUGAUGUGGUGAAGACAAGAUUACAGACACAGAUACCUGGAUCUUUGAGCCGAUACAAUAGUGUUUAUCAUGCCCUUCAAGAUAUAAGGACUCAUGAAGGUUUUAAAUGUCUGUAUAGGGGAUUGAUUCCUAGGUUGGUUAUUUAUAUGUCUCAAGGAGCACUCUUCUUUGCAUCAUAUGAGUUUUUCAAGCAGUUAUUCUCUUUGGAGGUGCCACAGUUAACCACUCACAAACAGAAAAAGGAAAACAAAGAUGAUUCUCCAUCACAAUUACCACCAGCAUCAUCAGCAUCAACAUCAACUGCAAGACAUCAUCAUCACCAUCAAGGUUGCAUGGUUGACAUUCAUAAUUGUUAGACAGCACAUACAUGGACGCAUUAUUAGCAAGCUGAUGAUGACACUUAGCAUUAAAGCAUUUGGAAAACUAUUUUUGCUUGUAGAUAACUUUUGAGGGAAUCAGUAAAAUGAUGCAAAAGUAAUCGGUUUAAAGCAGAGCCUGAAAUGUAAACUGACAGUUUGUCAUCUUGCCAUUUACGUUAAGUUUCUUUUGUGCUAAUAGCAAUUCUUUUUUAUUUUGGGGAUUUUUUCCAGUGGUUUUCCGUCACAUGUUCUAUCUAUAAUGCUAUGAUUGCUUGGGAGCUAACCCAGUUUGCAGUUUUCCAUCGGUAUUAAAAGGAAAGGUCCAAAUUUUAAAUUUUUGAAAGUGGGUUUUCGUUCAUUCAGUAAUCAAGGACUUCAAACAAAAAUAAUUCAGUGUGAUGAUGUAUGCAUAUAUUCUCAACAGAACCUAGGUAGUACUCUUCGGUCAUAAAUAAACUUCAUUCA